CACGCCGUCUGAUCUCAGGUCAUUGCCUUGCUCGCGUAUGCCACAUGCCUUGCCUCGCAUGCUACGCAGACCCAUCCUCUCCUUAGCAGCGCGUACUGAGAUCAUCUCCACUCUCGUCCACUGCCCAGCAUCUACCGCAGGCCUUCCCACACUACCCAGACGCCAUUCAACAAAUCCAAUCUUCACUUCUCUCUGGGGUGACGUACUCCAACGCAACCACAAGCUCUGCACUCAGAUCGUCAGCGAGUCAACGUGCACUUGCCUCACUCACCGCUCGAUCUAGCAUACUCUACCCUCCUCCAUAUAUACCCCCAAAGCUGUCCUAUCUAUCUACGAAACAUCAACAGACA